AUGCUCUGCAAAAUCUUCUUCAACGCUUUUGUGUUGACACUUCUGGUCUCGGGCCUCUUUUCACGCACUGUUCUCGGAGUCAAGCCUUCCCAGAUCGAAGUUGCCUCCCUUGAGCCCUUGGACGCCCGCCCUCGGAAUGAUUUGAGCUCCAUGCUCCGCCGUGCCCCGUUUCAUGAAGCCCGUGUCUUCGAAGUUGCCCGGAAGCACAUUCAGGAGAUUGAAUCAUCACCUGCUUGCCAUCAGCUGGCCACCUCAGCUCUGAUCGACUCAUGCCAGUCCUUUAGCUCCAUGCCAGGCCAGGACACUGCUCAGCCCAAGGAAAAUCCCCUGGAUCAGGCGAGACAGGAGUAUGCUGCCAGGCUAGCUGUCUGCGAACUUCAGGGUAUCAAGUCCGGUAUCCCAAAGGAAUGCUCUCCAUUCGUUCCAAGCCGCCAGGCGUGCCCACGGAUCAGCCUGAAAGGUUUCUUCCGGAAAAAUGCUUCCAGCCAGGAUGAACCCAAGCGCGCCUGUUAUCCGGAAUUCACGUCUCGUCAACUGAAGCAGUGCAUUGAUACGCUUUUUGAUCAUGCACAGCGUUGGACGAGCUACAGCAAUGCUCAAACUAAUGCCAUUGUCAUCUGCCAGGCAAGCCGCGGUGCCGUGGAGAACGAGGAACACCUCCAGAAGCUUCAGGAUGCCUUUCAGUCCCAGGCCAAGGUUUCCGAAGCGCUCUCGCGCGCUGUCCAAGAGACAGAAGAUCGUCUUGCGCAGCAUCAUAGUUUUACCGAAGCAGUCCGACAAUUUCAACAUGAUCUGGCUACACGAAACGAGGCCGCAUUGGCUAAAGUCGACAGCGUGGUAGCCAGAUUGGUCGGCAAGUUCGAUUCCGCUGCCGGAGCAUUGCUUGGUAUCUUUAGCCAUUCAAUGAGCACUGCAACUGAGCAGACUCAGAAGUUGAGUGAUAACAUCAAUGCCGCCAAUGAGGAGGUCGAACAGACUAGAACUGUACUUCAAGCCCUUCACAAUGAAGCUGUUCUUCGCGAUCAAGAGCGCACCACAGCGCAAGACCUUGCAUUGAGGGACAAUCAAGUCCUUGCCUCAGAAGUCCAAGCUUCACUUGAGAGCGUCAGAGACAUUACGGUCCAUGCUCUUGCAGAGCGUCUCCGAGGUGUUGAGGCAGCACUGAUCCACUAUUUGAACACGCAGCAGCAGGCUUUGGACGACCAGCAGGUCUUCCGAGAGGUCCAGAGCCGGAUCAUGGAGAAUCAGCUGAUCAUCGACACAAGUCUUGCAAGCCAGCAUGAGCUAAUUGAGGAGCAAUCGCACAAGCUUGCCGAAAUGACGUUUGGUGGCCUCGGCAAUACUGUUGCAACCUACGUGGGCCUCUCCCUCUUCAUUAUUCUGCUCAGUCGCGCCAGCUUAGUACUCGCGGCGGCUGCAGCAACAGGCAUAGGGGCUGUUAGUAUGGUCGGUCUGAGGCCAAUUACCAGCCUGUACAGCUGGAUGACUUCAUCCCAUCUGACCAUCACGCCAUGGGCAUUCCGCCUAAUAAGCUACACAGCUGGCAUCGGUACCGUCGCCGUUCUCCUCUAUCUCACCAUCGUCGGCGGUUCUUUUAUCCGCAAUUUCAUGAUCUCUCGCACCACCUCCAACACCAUGCUUGACAUCGAGGUGAAGAGGGAAUCUUCGGUUUACGACGUAUAG